AUGGGCAUCGUACGCACCGCACUCGCUGUCACCGGUUGGACUACGCUGGGCUCCACCGCGGGCUUCCUACUUUGGACUCGGAAGUCGCACAUCGUGGACGUUCCACCUACCGAUUACAUCUUCAACCACACACUGUACUCGCGCUACAACCCGAACAACGCCCCAGUCACACAAGAUCUAUGCGUGAGGAGGGUACCGCUGGCCAACAUUCGUCCGGAGCUGUUGGAGAAGGAGGGCAAAUUGGUCGAGGCUUUUAGUGCAGGGCUAUGGGGAGGCUUGGGAUAUGCUUACCAACGGAGAUUUCUCGAGAAGAAGUACCGCGCCGAUCCAGUCACCGCCGAUCAUCUCUGGGACAAAGAACAGCUCAGGGCGAGCACGUAUGAGGUGGGAACCAAGAUCACCGAUCACUUCGAGGUAGUCGCCAAGUCGCCGGAGUCGAUCAUUGUGCGAUGCGGCGACUCGCCUCGGAACAAGGAUGUACGCGAAUCCGAUGGCCUAUUUGAGAUGCAGGCGGAGAUCAAGAAAGAUGAGGGCGUGGCUGAGUUUGGGUUGAAGAGCGUGUUCUACGAAGGCAAGCCACCAGCACCACCCAUGAGUGCCUGGAUCCAGUGGCUUCACGCGCAGUACGACAAGGUCCUGAUGGAGACCGCCAUCUCCAACUGCACCCGAUAA